CCUCGAUCAUUCCAUUGCUCCAUCUCGUGGCUGCCGAUCCGUUCUAUCGGCCGAUCUGCUCUGCCCCUGCGAGUCUGACACUGCAGCCAUCUCUCUUCCCGGCACCAUCCAUUGGCUUUGGCGACCGCUUGUCGAGUCCACCGCGCACGAUUCACUGCCAUGGAGACUCUAUCUGCUCUGCUCGGCCCGAUCUACUCGGCUCCGCUCUGGCCCGACUUUUUCAGCUCGAUCGGCCUCCCUCGGCUCGCAUACCAUUUCACCACGCUGCUCACAAGCGCCAUCUGCUGCCAUGCCAUCUUCCUGGUGUCGUUUCCGAUCUCCCGGACCUUCUUUGCUUCCUAUCGCGCUUUGAGGGGAUACUCGGUCAUCAACUGGCCGAUCCACUGCGUCUCGAUGGCCUUUUCGACCACCAUCCUGAUGCUGGCGGCGCCGAUGCUCCUGGACCAGGAGCUCCGCCAUGAUCGAGUCUUUGGCAACAACUCCUAUUCGGGAACAGUCCUGGCGAUAGCCUGCGGAUACUUUCUCUGGGACUCGCUCAUCGUGCUGUCGUACGUCCACGAGGCCGGCGUCGGCUUUGUCAUCCACGGCUUUUCCUGCCUUCUCACCUACGUGACGUCCUUUAGACCCGUUUUGAAUUUUUACGGUGCCGUCUUUCUGAUGUUUGAACUGAGCACCCCGUUCCUGAAUGUGCACUGGUUCUGCGACAAGAUGAACCUCAGCGGAAGCCGCAUCCAGUGGAUCAACGGCAUCGUUCUGCUGCUGACCUUCUUUGGCGGCCGCAUCGUCUUUGGCCUCACCAUGUCGUACUGUUUCUGGGUCGACAUGCUCGCCGAGUGGGAUCGCGUGCCCUUGGUUGUCUCGGGAAUCUACUGCGUCUCCAACAUUGUCCUCAACAUCCUGAACAUCUUCUGGUUCCACAAGAUGAUAUCUGCUGUCCGCAAGCGGUUCAUCGACGACAAGCCCCACAAGGAAUAGAGGACCGGGCGCCAUCAAACGCGAAUGGGCAGCAUACUGCCGCACAAAUCGGCGGCCGUGAUGAUGCAUGGAUGAUGGAGGGAUGGGCAUGGCUUGAGCGCGAGCGACAUGAACCGAGGCGCUCUGUUUGGUUCGCUCGAGAGCCUUCUUCUGGAUCGUCAAUGAACAGAAUGCGUUUCCAAGUAUGUGCAAGAACACCACUUGUCUGCCGGGUUUACCUGUCCAGUGAGUGUGGCUG